AUGUAAAAAACUACUGAUACAGCAAUUGGAAUUGAUUUAGGAACUACAUACUCAUGUGUAGGUGUUUUUAUUAAUGAUAAAGUUGAAAUCAUAGCAAAUGAUCAAGGAAACAGAACUACUCCAUCUUAUGUUGCCUUUACAGAUAAUGAAAGGCUUAUUGGAGAUGCUGCAAAGAAUUAAGUUGCACGAAACCCAUAAAAUACAGUAUUUGAUGCUAAAAGGCUUAUUGGAAGAAAAUUUAAUGAUUCAACUGUUUAGAAGGAUAUGAAAUUAUGGCCAUUUAAAGUUGAAGCUGGCUAAGAUGAUAAACCAUUGAUUGUAGUUAAGUUCAAAGGAGAAACAAAAAAAUUCCACCCAGAAGAAAUCUCCUCAAUGGUUUUAACAAAAAUGAAAGAGAUUGCAGAAGCAUACCUUGGAAAACCAGUUAAAAAUGCUGUCAUUACUGUACCAGCUUAUUUCAAUGAUUCAUAAAGAUAAGCUACAAAAGAUGCAGGUUAAAUUUCAGGUCUAAAGGUCUUAAGAAUUAUAAAUGAACCAACAGCUGCAUCUAUAGCUUAUGGAUUAGACUCAACAUAGAAAGGAGAAAAAAACGUUUUAAUCUUUGAUCUUGGAGGUGGUACUUUUGAUGUUAGUUUAUUGACAAUCGAUGAAGGAAUAUUUGAAGUCAAGGCUACAUCUGGAGAUACUCAUUUAGGUGGAGAAGACUUUGAUAAUAGAUUAGUAGAAUACUGUUUUACAGAAUUUUAAAAGAAAAAAGGAAUUGAUCUUAAAUAAAAUGCAAGAGCUUUAAGAAGAUUAAGAACUUAAUGUGAAAGGGCUAAAAGAAUUUUAUCAUCAGCCAAUCAAACAUCUAUUGAAAUUGAUGCUUUGGCUGAAAAUGAAGAUUUUAAUUGUACAAUAACAAGAGCUAAAUUUGAAGAAUUGUGUUUGGAUUAAUUUAAGAAAUGUAUACCUCCUGUGGAACAAGUUCUUAAAGAUAGUGGAAUGUCUAAAAGUUAAAUCCAUGAAGUUGUUUUAGUAGGUGGCUCUACUAGAAUACCAAAAGUUCAAGAAUUAUUAAAAGAUUUCUUUAAUGGAAAAGAAUUAAAUAAAUCUAUUAAUCCAGAUGAAGCUGUUGCCUAUGGAGCUGCAGUCUAAGCUGCUAUUUUAACAGGAACUGGGUCAUAAAAAUGUGAAAAUAUAGUAUUAUUGGAUGUUACUCCACUAUCUUUAGGUAUUGAAACCGCUGGUGGUGUUAUGAGUGUAUUAAUACCAAGAAAUACUACUAUACCAACUAAAAAGAGCUAGAUAUGUACAACUUAUGCAGACAAUCAAUAAGGAGUGCUUAUACAAGUUUAUGAAGGGGAGAGAUAGAUGACAAAAGAUUGUCAUAAAUUAGGAUAAUUUCAGUUAGAUGGUAUUGCUCCUGCUCCUAGAGGAAUACCUUAGAUUGAAGUGACAUUUGACAUUGAUGAAAAUUGUAUUAUGAAUAUAUCAGCUGAGGACAAGGCAACUAAGAAAUAGAAUAAAAUUACUAUAACAAAUGAUAAGGGAAGAUUAUCUAAAUAAGAGAUUGAUAGAUUAGUUAGUGAAGCUGAAAAAUUCAAAGCAGCUGAUGAAAAAAUUAGAUAAAUAGUAGAAGCAAAAAAUUCCUUAGAAUCAACUACUUAUCAUGUUAAAAAUACAAUUAAUGAUGAACAAUUUAAGGAUAAAUUUACAAGUGAUGAAAAAAGAUAAUUAAUAGAUUUAAUAGAAUCUACUUAAUAGUGGCUUGAUUCUCAUCAAAAUGAGGAGGCAGAUGCAUAUAAAGAAAAGUUAAAGGAAAUUGAAUCUAAGUUCCAUCCAAUUAUGCAAAGAAUUUAUGCUUAAUCUGGACCAGGUACUGGAGCAGAAGAAUAAAUGCCAAAUAUGGAUAGAUAGAAUGAUUUUUAACAUAAUCCAACAAUUGACUAAGUAGACUGA